AUGGAAAGGGAAGGGGCGCGGUGUUCCGCUGGAGGGAGAGGCAAAGCCGGCGUCGUCUGCGAAAAACACGCGGUGAGAUCCCGGCUGUCGGCCCGCUUUGUCCAGCCGGCGUGCAGCCACCCGUACUGCGCGUUCCCUCUGAAUAAAAGGGAGCUGUGCGUCUGGAGUCCGGCUGGCCAGCCAUUACGUUUGUUAGGACAUCAGCACUCGGUUUCCGCGCUGUCAUUUGGAAAUAAAACCGAGCCCCUUCUUGUCUGCUCUGCUUCCCGUGAGCGCGUGAUCGUGUGGAAUCUGGCUGAAUGUGCGCAGAAAGAGCAAGAAGGGAUAACACCUCAAGGAAUUAUUAUUGGAACUCUUUUGGGAAUAGUGCUUCAUGUAAGGUUUAGUCCAGAUGAUCAACAAGUGGCAGUAUGUGCUGAAAAUCGGAUCUACGUGUUAAGCGCAAAGAAUGAAGCUAUACUAGCUGAACUGAAUGGUCACCUGGCUCCAGUUACUGCUGCUGAGUUUUGCACAUGGCGGAGAAAUGUGCUUAUAUCAGUGUCUGAAGACAGAAGCUUUAAGGUAUGGGACUAUUCUACUGGCCUGUUAAUAUAUCAGUCAGGAGUAUUAACAGCAUUUCCUUUGCUAAGUCUAAUAAUUGAUGAAGAAAAUAAACAGAUUAUCACUGGAUGUGGUGACGGACAGCUCCGGAUCUUCAGUUUAAUCACUGAUCAUAAUUACCGUUGUAUGGCACGUAUUGACUUAAAGAAAGAGCAGGAGAAAUUCUGUAAUAAAAUCUGGAAAUCUGGCAAAGAAUCAGGUGAAAGACAAAAUAAUUCCAAGCUUUGCAAAACAAACAGCGUGAGACCAGAAGGGCCAGUGGAAACAUCAUUGUCUAUCCUCCUAAUUGAACACUGUGAUUAUUCAGAAUGUUUCUGUAACGAAGAAAACAUAACUUACACCCUGAAUACUAGCUAUUUUUGGAUAGGAACCUCUACUGGAUUGUUAAUUAUUAAUUUGACAACCUUUGAAUUGGAAGCUUUUUUAUGUUACAAAGAUUACAGUGGCCUAAGCAUUCAGUUUGCUGCAUCGUGUGCAUUAACUAAGAAGACAGUUAAUGGAAAGGUUUUAUGCUUGAUCACCUCGAUGUUUGAAGAUGUGAUUGCUGUGUUGGAGGUUAACCUUCCUGCAUUGCUGAGAUCUCAGCAGAGUGGUAUUUUCAUAAGAUCAAGUGAGAAGAGUCUAUCAGUCAUUGCCCGGUGUUCUUUGUUGCCAGAAUCUCCAUUGUUUAAAGCUUUAAAUAAAAACAAAAAGGAACCUUCUAGGAAAACACUUGGAGUGAAAAGCACUGUGAAAGAUCAGCCAUUGGUUUUCCAUUAUAAAAUUAAGUCAUCAGGUUAUACAGCAGCACCACGAAUGACCAAGUUUUCUCCAAAUAAUAACCUGAAGAAAAAUUAUAUAUCAAAGCGGAAGACCAGUGUUGAACGUACACGUAAAGAAUAUCCAUUGGAAAGUUCUCCUCCAAUCAACUGUGAGAGAGAGAUAUCUGUUACUUGUAAACCAACCCCAAUUUCUUGCAUUCAGUAUUCCGGGGAUGGAGAGCAGCUGGCUUGCGGGCUGGUUGACAAGACUAUACUGAUAUUCAAUGCCAAUCUCACCGAUACGUGUAAUGUUUUUUCAGGUCAUGAUGGUGCAGUUAACUCUGUUGGUUGGAGUCAUGACAAGAAGCGGUUAGUUUCUGCAUCAGAAGACAAAACCGUAAGGGUCUGGUCAGUCUGCAAGAAUGAACCUGCCCUAAUUCUGGGCAAAGGUAUGUUUCAUAAGGCUAUACGCUUCGUGCAGUUUUAUUUUAUGGAUGCAUUUAUAUUGCUGUGUUGUGGAGCUGAAUUUCAUCUGUUAAGUUUCCAUGUAGACACAACCAAGGAUGACUUAAAACAAUACAAACAGAGAAUUUUUUGCAAAUUGAUCCAGAAAUUUCCCAUGGCUUCAACAAUGGAGAUUACCAGCCUUUCAGCAGUAAAUGAUUUCUACUCUUAUAUUGUGCUUACAGCUGGCAGCAACCGAGCAUUGGAAGUUUUUGACCUCAAUGAAGGCCGAAGCAAAGCAGUGAUUCCAGAAGUUCAUACUAGAUCAGUCCAUCAGAUCUGCCAAAACAAGGGGUCAGCAUUCAGCACUCAGCAACCUGAAGCUUACAAUCUUUUUGUGACCACGGCUGUAGGUGAUGGCAUCAAGCUCUGGGAUUUACGAACUCUCAGGUGUGAACGUCGAUUUGAAGGGCACAGUAGCCGCUGCUACCCAUGUGGAAUUGCAGUAUCUCCUUGUGGGCGGUUUAUAGCCAGUGGAUCAGAGGACAAGUGUGCUUACAUAUACGAGAUGCAUUCAAGUACCUUUUUACAUAAACUGGGGGGACACAGAGAAUGUGUCAUCAAUGUGGGUUUCAGUCCCACAUCUCCACAGAGGCCUUCAAGCAUAUUCUGUGAUGUGCACAGCUAUCUUAACUCUGUCCUUUCUACGUACUACUUUAAGAUGCUGAGGAGGAGGUUUCAGUUGUUUGUUUUCCUUAUGAGCAGUAAUUUGCAGUAA